AUGAAUCUCAGUCUUCCCGACCAGAACAUGCACAACUCCAGUGAAGGCUGCCUGGAGGAUGACAAACCCGAUGUCAUGCUGCCUUGCUUCCGCAGAAAUAUGUACGACGAGCCUCUUGCCUCAUACUCCAGCGGAUCUAUCAUCUCUCAACUUUUGCGUAAGACCAUUCACAACAAGAGGGCAUUAGAUGAAAGCCAUUUCUACCUUUGCGGCUCCACUGCUGCUGACUCUGGCCAAGAGGACCAGAGCAGCGUCUCCUCGAAGGACAGCACCGUGGAGGCUGCCUCUCCCAACCCUCAUGUCUCAACCGGGGUCAGCUCGGAGGGAGAGCAUCCUAUGACAGACCACCUACAGGCCAAAAGGGCCCGAGUAGAGAAUAUCAUCCGGGUCAUGGCAGGCUCUCCUAACAGCAGGCAGCACGGAGACAUUGAGAAGCCCGACACAGAUGUCAGAGACACCAGGGAGGCCAGAGAGGCAUACAGGGAGAACAAACGGAAACAGCGUUUACCUCAGCAUCAGGAACACAGCGUUUCAGGACCGGUGAGUCGAAGACCUGGAAGUAAUAGUAGUGAUAACUGUAAUACCAAAGAUGAGGAGUGUCACAAGUUGAAAGAGCAGCUCCACAGCAUGCAGAGGUUACUGCGGCAGCUGCAGGAAAAGUUUCUUCAAGUUUACAACCAGGAAGACCGGGAACAUGAUGACAGAGAUGAAAUAGCUGCAUCCACUGAGCAUGACAAUCUGGAAAAAAGCACAGAUUACAUAAACCCUGAAGAUGAUUUUGAGACCAAGAAUGGCCGGGUGACUGCAGAGUGUAAGGACAGAAUGAAAAUUGUUGGCUAUCUGGUGCACCAACGAGAAAGUCAGAAUCUACAGGAAGCCCUGAAGCAGGAGCUCUCCAGGGCUGUGAACGAGUGUGUGGACAGAGUGUUUAAGAAGGUGUCUUCCACAGGACUAGAUCUGUCCCCUCAGCAGCGCAUGUGCUCCACCCCAGAGAUGCAGCUGAACACAAGUGGAGACAGGAAGAGCCAGCAGGGAAACUGUGCACAAGAACAGCUCCACUCUGAGGAGUCUGCAGUCAAACCACGCUCUUUGGAGUACUACGAAAGCUCAGAGGCCCAAAGCCCACAGGACCAAACAGAAGCACUUUCACUGGUGGUCCGCAAGCCUGCAGUGACCCCACUGAGCUCAGUCACCCCAACAGUGAAGAGACCCUAUCCUGUGCAUCAGACGCCAUUUCAGUUUAAUUACAGCACCCCGCUGCACGACAGCCAGAUCCUAGAGCACCUUCUCAAGUAUGGGCCACAUUCCAACUUCCUGCCCUGUAUGCCUCCAUCAAUGGACAGAACCUCACCAGACUCUGUGGAUCUGCCCUGGGACACCAUUGCAAUGAGGUCUAAAGUGACGUCCAGCCACUUAGGCCACCAUGCUCGUCCCUCCACCCUCGGGCCGGUGACUGUGGACAACCUGUGUCUCCCACAUGUCAAGAUCGAGUGCGGUGAACUGCAGAGCAUGGCUGAACGAAGCCCCUACAUGUCUCUCAACAUCCAGGAGGGUCUCACGCCCAGCCAUCUGAAGAAGGCAAAGCUCAUGUUCUUCUACACCCGCUACCCCAGCUCCAAUGUACUGAAAACCUUCUUCCCAGAUGUUAAGUUCAACCGCUGCAUCACCUCUCAGCUCAUCAAGUGGUUCAGUAACUUCAGGGAGUUCUACUACAUCCAGAUGGAGAAGUUCGCCCGUCAGGCCAUUGUUGACGGCAUCAGUGAUGUCAAAGACAUUACAGUCAGCAGGGACUCUGAGCUGUUCCGGGCACUGAACAUGCACUACAACAAAGCCAACGAUUUCCAUGUUCCAGACAGAUUCCUGGAGGUUGCAGAAAUCACCUUACAUGAGUUUUACAACGCAAUUUCUUCAGCCAAAGAUUCAGACCCGUCUUGGAAAAAGGCCAUAUAUAAGGUGAUCUGUAAACUGGACAGCGACGUUCCAGAGGAGUUUAAGACGUCUUCCUACUUAUAGGCUGAACAGGAAAAAAACAAAACAGAACAAAACA